CUGUUUUAUCAAGUUUGACAUAUCCGUAUAGCGAUUGAGGAUUUAGAGUAAUCCUAAGGAAACUUAAGAUUUUUGGUCGUGUUGCUAAUAGCAACUGAGCAUGUAGUGUGGCCUAUUGGUUUUCCAGUAAAAUUUCCAAACUCACAUGGUUUCCAUCUUAUUUGUUUUUGUUUAAGUUCAUUGUAGACUUUGAUUUAAUUUAUUUUUUUGUGUGAUUUAACUUUAGUUGACCACUUCAAAUAAUGAAACGUCCAGCCGAAACUACAGCUGAUGAAGUUCAGGAUGAAUCAGCUUUAAAGAAAACACGCUUGGAUGAGAAUGGUGAUACUACCUCGGAUCCAGCGAGCAUUGUGAAUUUGGCCUAUGAAGACAAGUUAAAUUAUGUUUCAGUUAUUGCGAAGCCAAUGGCUUCUAGAAAGAUGACCAAAAAGCUGUUGAAACUAACCAAAAAAGCUGCAAAGAAGAAAGGAAUUGUGGCCGGUUUAAAAAAUGUCCAAAAACAAAUUAGACGGGGGGAUAAAGGUAUCAUUGUCAUUGCUGGCGAUGUAACUCCAAUUGAUGUGAUCAGCCAUUUACCUGUUCUUUGCGAAGAAAAUGAUAUUCCAUUUGCAUUUGUUCCUCUUCGUUAUGACAUUUCUGCUGCUAUGGGUGUUAAAAGACCCUGUGUUAUGGUCAUGAUUCGCAAGAAUGAAGCUUAUGAUGAGCUGUAUGAAAGCUGUUUAACUUUAGUGAAAUCACUGCCAUUACCUUCUCAAUGUAUUGAACAAGUUGAAUAAACUAUUUUUUCACCCAAAAAAGAUGAUCAAAUUUUAUUUUUCAAA